AUGGAUAAGCGUGCUUGUGUACUGGCCACCGUGGUGGCAACCACCAACGCCAGCAGCAUGGCCACAGCCGCUGAUGGGUGCUGGGGGUGGAAAGCUUCGUCACGUCACUGGGAGAAGGAGAGCCCCAUCAACACAUGGAUGCCGCAGGAGACCCUGGGCUCAGGAUCAUAUGGAAAAGUGCACAAGGUACGAAACCGCGCCACGGGCGCGCUUGCAGCCGCCAAGGUCGCCCCUAUUCAAGCCCAGGAAGAGCUACAGAACUUUGCCACGGAGAUUGAAAUCCUAACGUCCUGCAAACAUCGGAACAUUACAAACUUUAUAGAUGCGUACUACAACAACAACGAGCUGUGGAUCUUGCUGGAAGUGUGCGAUGCCGGAUCCCUUGCCGGAUACGUCGAGAAGCAACCGACGGGCCUGCCUGAGGAUGCCAUGGAGUGCAUUGCGCACCAGAUGGUCAAGGGCAUCCGCUUUUCUUGCAUGGCUGCGGCGUCAUCCAUCGCGAUAUCAACGCCAGCAACACCCUCGUCACUUGACGGGAUGGCGAAGCUUGCGGGCUUUGGCGUAUCCGCCUUCAACAAGCAGGACGGCGCCAAGCGCAACACGUUUGUUGGCAGCCCGCACUGGAUGGCACCCGAAGUGAUUGUCUGCGAGCACGACCGCAAGGCGAAAUACGACAGCCUUUGCGACGUGUUGUUCAAGCUUGCGUCGGGGGCGCCGCCAAAGCUCGACGGCCCGGCCCGGUUUUCCCGCCAGUUUGGCGAAUUUGUCGCAGCAUGCCUCGUCAAGGACCCAGCCACACGACCAACAGAUGAUGAUGAUUGUGAUGACAAUUGCAGCGUGCGCGAUGAUUCCCAUGUCGUUCCCAACGCUUUUCUCAGCGCCGGCAGCCAGCAGCGUCUGCAUGGACUGCACACGCGGUUGCCACGGCUCGACUGGUCACCACAACAACAACACCACCACCAUCAACAACAACAACAACAACAACAACAACAACAACAACAACAACAACAACAACAACAACAACAACAACAACAGCCCUCCGCCGCUCGCACGAGACAACAACAACAACAACAACAACAACAACAACGACGACGACGAAGACAGCACCCUGUUGAGCAUGAGUACUCGCCGGUUACAACCGCCCACGCCAGCCGCCGCUCGCACGAGACAACGACGUCGCCAUAUGGGACGGCAGCCAGUUCGCCGGCGUCAAGCGAGUGCUCGUCGUCGCUGGCAGCGAGUGUCGUCAUUCGCGAGGGCGAUGUUACGUUCGAAUGGAAGAAGGAGCGCCUGAUUGGCACAGGCUCUUUUGGGAAGGUGUAUCUCGCGUUCAACAUCACGGAUGCAUACUUUAUGGCUGCCAAAGUGAUGGAUGAGCAACAUCGACCCGUUUGGCUGGUUUCAGUGGUGAGGCGUGUGCUCGAACAUGCAGCGUACAACAACGCCAUGUGCCCAAUUGAUCACCGGUACUGCCGGUUUUAUCUGGGCCGUCGCAGCAGCGAUGACGCGCGCCAGAUCAGCAGAGCAAAGAAGUGCUUUGGAGAAACAGGGCGGUGGCGCAUCAAUCUGUGCAACAAGAUCAUGCGCGCAUCGGGGAGAUUCGACGACACGCGCGUGGGCCCCGUCGUACGUCAGACGCUGUUGCAUUGGGGGCAUGAACUCACCAAACGCGAUUACGACAAGCACGUCAAGAAGUACGCAAAGAAGCAAUAG